CCAGGAUCCUCUGCUGAUAUCUUCUAUAUAAGAGAAUUCUCAUGGAUGACCCAUCAACCAUGGAGAGAGACAGGAACAAGAUGGCCAACAGGAUCAUAAACCUCACCCUACAGAUACUCUUCCGGCUUACUGGAGAGGAUUACACAGUAGUGAAGAAGUCCUCUAGUGGGCGCUGUCGGGCCCCUGUGUGUGAAGGAUGGGGAAGAACCCUGAGCCCAAUCCCGGGGCCCCCACCUCACUCCCUGAUACAUGAGGAAAUGGAUGAACAGAAGAUCCUAGAACUCAUCAACAAGAUGAUGGAGCUGCUGACUGGAGAGGUUCCUAUAAGGUGUCAGGACGUGGCGGUCUAUUUCUCCAUGGAGGAGUGGGAGUAUGUAGAAGGACACAAGGAUCAGUACAAGGAUCAGGUCAUGAUGGAGGAUCAGCAGCCCCUCACAUCACCAGUCAAAUCCAGUAAGAAAACAGCACCAGAGAGGUGUCCCCGUCCUCUUGAUGAGCAGAAUAUGGAGGACAUUCCUUUAGGGAAAGGUCUGAUCUAUAUUAAUGCUACAGAUAUAAAGGAAAAAGAAGAGACGGAUGUGAGUGGUGAUGAGCAGUAUAAGGUGGACAAUGACAUUCCUACAGGGAAAGAUCUGAUCUAUAUUAAUGCUACAGACAUAAAGGAAGAAGAGACAGAUGUAAGUGGCAAUGAGCAGUAUGAGGAGAACAUUCCUACAGGAAAAUAUCUGAUCUAUAUGAACGCUACACACAUAAAGGAAGUAAAAGAGACAGAUGUAAGCGGUGAUGAGCAGUAUAAGGAGGACAUUCCUACAGGGAAAGAUCUGAUCUAUAUUAAUGCUACAGACAUAAAGGAAGAAGAAGAGACAGAUGUGAGCGGUGAUGAGCAGUAUAAGGAGGACAUUCUUACGGGUAACCACCCAGAUUCUUGUAGCAGGAGAUCAGAGGAGAAUCUUAUAUCUUCAGAUUAUAAAGCAGAUGAUGAUAUCACACAAGAUACAUAUGAAGAACAUUCCAUUAUCCCAGAUACACCCUCAGCCCUUCACAGCCAAGAUCUGUCAUCUCAUCCUUAUAUACAGGUCCUGUCUUCUCAGUCAUCACAGGAUGUUCAGCAAAAAGAAAGUCAUAGAAGGGGUGUUAUACAUAAAAGAGCUCAAAGAGGAAAGAAGCCAGUUUCAUGUUCAGAAUAUAUGACCUCUACGGACAGAGACACUCGUAAUACACUAUGCGAGCUGGCAUAUGACAACAUACCCAGCACCAGUCCCACCCGGUCUGAGGUAUCCCCAUUCAGAGGUGGUAACCCGUCUAAAUUCUGUCCGUCCGCCCCAGCGUGA